UGGAACUAAGGGUAGCUUCUCGCGAGAGCCCGUGCUGCGGGCUCUGUGAGGCCCCGUGUGUUUGUGUGUGUGUAUAUGUUAGUGAAUGUGAGUACGGGGAAGCAGCAGCCGCCAUUUCAGGGAGUCUGCGGACGCUGUCGCAGGGUUGGAUCCUGAGCUGCCGAAGCCGCUGUCCUGCACUCCCGCGCGGGCUUCUCUAAUCCCAUUGUUUCUUUUAGAUUCGCUCGGGCCUAUCCGCCCUCGGAGCCCGAAAUUCGGGCUGGGUGGUACUGCGGCCCGGGCCUAGCGGCUUAACAGUAGCAACAGCGGCGGCAGCACCAGCAGCAGCAGCAGCAGCAGCCCCCCACCCUUCCCGAAUACGAGCACCACAGGGGCCCGGAAGCCCGCACAGGCGUUUAGAGAACAUGGCAGACGAUAUUGAUAUUGAAGCAAUGCUUGAGGCUCCUUACAAGAAGGAUGAGAACAAGUUGAGCAGUGCUAAUGGCCAUGAAGAACGUAGCAAAAAGAGGAAAAAAAGCAAGAGCAGAAGUCGUAGUCAUGAACGAAAAAGAAGCAAAAGUAAGGAACGGAAGCGAAGCAGGGAUAGAGAAAGGAAAAAGAGCAAAAGUCGUGAAAGGAAGCGAAGUAGAAGCAAAGAAAGGAGACGGAGCCGCUCAAGAAGUCGAGAUCGCAGAUUCAGAGGCCGCUACAGAAGUCCUUACUCCGGACCAAAAUUUAACAGUGCCAUCCGAGGAAAGAUUGGGUUGCCUCAUAGCAUCAAAUUAAGCAGACGACGCUCCCGAAGCAAAAGUCCAUUCAGAAAAGACAAGAGUCCUGUGAGGGAACCAAUUGAUAAUCUAACUCCUGAGGAAAGAGAUGCAAGGACAGUUUUCUGCAUGCAGCUGGCAGCAAGAAUUCGGCCAAGGGAUUUGGAAGAGUUUUUCUCUACAGUUGGGAAGGUUCGAGAUGUAAGGAUGAUAUCUGAUAGAAAUUCAAGACGUUCCAAGGGCAUUGCUUAUGUGGAGUUUGUCGAUGUUAGCUCAGUGCCUCUAGCAAUAGGAUUAACUGGCCAACGUGUUUUAGGAGUGCCAAUCAUAGUACAGGCGUCACAGGCGGAAAAAAACAGAGCUGCAGCAAUGGCAAACAAUCUACAAAAGGGAAGUGCUGGACCUAUGAGGCUUUAUGUGGGCUCCUUACACUUUAACAUAACUGAGGAUAUGCUUCGGGGGAUCUUUGAACCUUUUGGCAGGAUUGAAAGUAUCCAGCUCAUGAUGGAUAGUGAAACAGGUCGAUCUAAGGGAUAUGGAUUUAUUACGUUUUCCGAUUCAGAAUGUGCCAAGAAGGCUUUGGAACAACUUAAUGGAUUUGAGCUGGCAGGAAGGCCGAUGAAAGUUGGACAUGUUACUGAACGUACUGAUGCUUCCAGUGCUAGCUCAUUUUUGGACAGUGAUGAAUUGGAAAGGACUGGAAUUGACCUGGGAACAACUGGUCGUCUCCAAUUAAUGGCAAGACUGGCAGAGGGUACAGGUUUGCAGAUCCCACCAGCAGCACAGCAAGCUCUACAGAUGAGUGGCUCUUUGGCAUUUGGUGCUGUGGCAGAAUUCUCUUUUGUUAUAGAUUUGCAAACAAGACUUUCUCAACAGACUGAAGCUUCAGCUUUAGCUGCAGCUGCCUCUGUUCAACCUCUUGCAACACAGUGUUUUCAACUCUCUAACAUGUUUAACCCUCAAACAGAAGAAGAAGUUGGAUGGGAUACAGAGAUUAAAGAUGAUGUGAUUGAAGAAUGUAAUAAACACGGAGGAGUUAUUCAUAUUUAUGUUGACAAAAAUUCAGCUCAGGGCAACGUGUAUGUGAAGUGCCCAUCAAUUGCUGCAGCCAUUGCUGCUGUCAAUGCAUUACAUGGCAGGUGGUUUGCUGGUAAAAUGAUAACAGCAGCAUAUGUACCUCUUCCAACUUAUCACAACCUCUUUCCUGAUUCUAUGACAGCAACACAACUACUGGUUCCAAGUAGACGAUGAAGGAAGAUAUAGUCCCUUAUGUACAUAGCUUUUUUUCUUUCUUGAGAAUUCAUCUUGAGUUAUCUUUUAUUUAGAUAAAAAUAAAGAGGCAAGGGUCUACUGUCAUUUGUAUACAAUUCCUGUUAUCUUGAAAAAAUAAAAAUGUUAACAGGAAUGCAGUGUGCUCAUUCUCCCUAACUAGCAAUUCCCACUGUAUACAAAGCUGUUCUCUAGUUCUGCCUUUUAAAUGUACAUGUAGAAAAUUACAUUAAGGAUCUAUAGAAAUAGCUCUAGGGGAACAAAUGUGCUUAAUGUAAAAAGGCAGACAGGGAUGUAAUGAUGUUUUUAAUGUUUCAGAAGCCUAACUUUUUACACAGCAGUUACAUUUCUCAUUCACUAAUGUUGAUAUUUGGCUAAUGGUUUAGCAGAGGUUUCUGGAAUACACUUUUAGUGAAUGGAAAUUGAAGACAGCUAAAGGGCUGUUGAUUAACAUCUCAUCUUGCAUUCUGGUCAAUUGGCAAGAAAAGGAGAUUUCAAAAUUAACAUUUCUGGAUGGUAUCUUUUCAAUUAAUGUAUCUGUAAAAGUUUCUUUGUAAAUAUGUGUUCUAGUGUGUCUAAGAUUCCAAACAAAAUGAUCCCUGCAUUUCCUCAAGAUGUUUAGUGACAGUCUGGUAAGGAAAGAAAUAGGAAAUGCAGAAAUAGGUUUUGUCUGGUUGCAUAUCUUUGCUCUUUUUAAGCUCUGUGAGCUCUGAAAUAUAUUUUUGGGUUACUUCAGUGUGUUUGACAAGACAGCUUGAUAUUUCUAUCAAACAAAUGACUUUCAUAUUGCAACAAUCUUUGUAAGAACCACUCAAAUAAAAUUCUCUUAAAAAGGC